AUGAUGGUGAUGUACAGUUACAGCCUACUGACCGACCCUCAUGCUGAGGAUACUAAGGAGGCUGAAAGGCGCGAUCAUGGAGAUGGUGCUGGGGGCGUUGCGAGACUGGAGGCAACAGGUGGGUCAAGCCCCUCAAAUGUCAGAGAGCUCGGGUUCACUUCCCUUUCUUGUAAUCCCGCAUCUCCAGCAUUCCGUAUUUCUUGGCCCAUAUUGGAAAGAUUAAUGAAAUUAACAAUAGUCAGGCAAUGA